AUGACGGACCCACUUUGGGGAGACCCUACACCCGUGGUGUCCCCUGUCCCCGCAGGCCGCGGGCUGAAGUCCCACGCCUACAUCCACAGCGUGCAGCUGAGCCACCACGUGUUCCUCAACCUGCACACACUCAAGUUCUACUGCCUGCCCGACAACUACGAGAUCAUUGACUCCUCCCUCGAGGACAUCACGUACGUGCUCAAGCCCACCUUCACAGCCCAGCACAUCGCCCACCUGGACAAACAGGCCAAGCUGUCCCGGGCCUACGAUGGCACCACGUACCUGCCGGGCAUCGUGGGGCUCAACAACAUUAAGGCCAAUGACUAUGCCAACGCCGUGCUGCAGGCCCUGUCCAACGUGCCCCCCCUGCGGAAUUACUUCCUGGAGGAGGAGAACUACCGGCGCAUCCAGCGCCCGCCCGGGGACAUCAUGUUCCUGCUGGUGCAGCGCUUCGGGGAGCUCAUGAGGAAGCUCUGGAACCCCAGGAACUUCAAGGCUCACGUGUCGCCCCACGAGAUGCUCCAGGCUGUGGUGCUCUGCAGCAAGAAGAACUUCCAGAUCACCAAGCAGGGGGAUGGGGUGGAAUUCCUGUCGUGGUUCCUGAACGCUCUGCACGCGGCGCUGGGCGGCACCAAGAGGAAGAAGAAGAGUGAGAAGGGGGUGUGGGCUCUGAGAAGGGGUUUGGAAGCGUCUGGGGAGGGGGGUGUCUGUGCAUCUGGAGGGGGUUUGGAGGCAUCUGGAGGGGUCUGUGGGGGCUCCCCUGCCCCCCUGAGGGCACGUGGGGUGCCCAGGAACGUGGACCUGCGGGAGUACCUGUCGGAGGAGGUGCAGGCGGCGCACGCUCACACCACCUACGACCUCAUCGCCAACAUCGUGCACGACGGGAAGCCCUCGGAGGGCUCCUACCGCAUCCACGUCCUGCACCACGGCACAGGGAAGUGGUACGAGCUGCAGGACCUGCAGGUGACCGACAUCCUGCCACAGAUGAUCACCCUGUCCGAGGCCUACAUCCAGAUCUGGAAACGGCGCGAGGAAGAUGAGACAAACCAACAAGGGGCCUGAGACCCCCUGGGGACACCCAGAGACCCCCUUGGGAUCACUCCCAGUCCCUUGUGGAGAUGCAGAGACGCCUUUGGGGACACCCCAGGCUCCCUUGGGGACAUCCAGAACCCCCCUGGAAGCAACAACAGCCGUCUCUGGGACACCCCAAGAUCCCCUUGGGGACACCCAGAGAGCCCCGGGGACACCCUGAGCCCCUUGGGGACACCCAGAGAGCCCUGGGGACACCUAGGUCUCCUUGGGAUCACCCAUAACCCCUCCAGGGACACCCCCAAACCCCUUGGUGUGUCUCUCCCCACCCCAAAUAAAUGCCACCCACUUAUUUUUGUAGCUCA